UCCUUCAGCAGCUGGUGGGAAGCAGUCUGCUUGCUUCUGAGAGCAGUCUGGGAGCCAGGGAGGUUGAGAGCAGGGGAAAUAGAGAAAAACACAAGCCUUUUUCUCAUUUGGAUGGUGACUCCCUCAUUUGCAUCAGACUCUAAGACAGCUUUCAAAGCCUCCCCUCCUGGGCUGAGGGCUUUUGCUGCGGGUUUUGUUUUUUUUCCAGGGGCCUUUGGAAAUCUCCCUGCUUUGGCUUGUCAUAGACCUGACACAGUCUGGGAGAGGAGUGAGUCUCGCAGUGAGCGCCUUGCACAGAUCUUGCUGAGCUCAGGCUGUUGAGGCUGCGUUGUGGAGAGCCAGCACUGAUGCUGUACUGCUGUUGACAUUUCCGGUUGCAAGUGCCCAGCCAAUUGGCGAGAACAGGCAGCUAGCUGGAGCAACGACAGACACAUGAAAUAUGAUAAUUUUCUGCUGAGGAGCUGUAGAAGGGGGAGGGAGGAAGAGAAAGGUUUGCAGAUAGAGGACUAUACACUACACAGAAGAAUGCUGGGCGCUAAAUUACAGCACCCUGGGGAGAAGCUAUUAUUCACUAGCCACUGAGGAUGCUGCUACGACUGCCACUCAGGUGCUAAUGAAAGAAUGCAAAUAGCAUUGGCUGAUCAGAACAUUUCAUAAAGAAGGGAACAGUCCCUAAGCCAAAACAGUCUGGAAGCUGCCUGCCGUUACACAGCAAAGUUUGUGUCCAGAUAUGGGAGAAACUGAUUCCAAACUGCACACUAUUGGAUUCCAGCUUCUUUUGUUCUUUAGAGUGGUUUUGCCUUCUAAGACUUCCUUUCAUAAAUCACAAUAUUGAUGCCGGAGUAUUACUGAAACUUCAAAGAAAUGAAUAAGUAGCUGUAUUUCUACAGGAAAGAGAGGCUUGUCUGGUUUAGUGGGAAAGCUAUAUCCGAUUGACAACUGACCACUGGGAGGAAGCUGAGGUGUUUGUUGCCAGACCAGACUGAAUUAAAUCCUGGACAAAUAAAGGAGACAUACCGUCAACAUUACAGAAGAUUAAACCCACUAAUUUGUUGGCAUGACGGCAUCACAGAGGGGCAGCUGUGACAAAACUGAAACACACUUGUAAAUGUGGGAUAUAUUUUUUGGCGGCCUUUGAACCCAAAAGUGAGGAGCACGAAGACAAGAAGAACACACACCAUUCAGUGUUAUUUUCCUUGCAAAGGAAAAAAGAUGAUUAUGAGAUGAGCACUAAAGUCUCAAGUUUUCAAAGGUUUGCAUAACAAACAAGAGACACAUUGUGGGUUGCUUCUUGACUUUGAAGGCUUGCCACUGUCAACUGAAAUAAAAUGGCAAGGUUUAAAGCCUUAACCAAGUUCACAAGGAAAAUAUUUGGACUAAAAGUUUCGGAAAGUUUUCUCUCUUUGAAGUAGUUUGUCAUGUGUUACCAAUGUGAACUUUAUUGACCCUGAAACAUUUUUUUUGAAUCAAAUAGCAACUAGUGACACUUUAGUAAAAUCUUAAAUCAACAACCAUCUCUUGGUGGCUCCAGUUUUAUAGCAAAUGCAGGCAAAGCAGGGAAUCUACAGAGGAGACCUUUAUUAUUCGUAAAUGAAGCCUGCCAAAACCUUCCCAAAAUAGCAUUCAGAGACCCUUUUUAAGGUCAUGGAUCCUGAACAAAGCCAGAAGAGCACAAAAAAGGCGGAAGAAAGUCCAAGGAAGAGGCUUACCAAAGGAGAGGUUUUCCAAACCAGUAUUACAUCUGCAGCUACGUAUCAGGGCAGCUCUGCUUCUUCGCAAGGACCCCCCCUCUGUGACAUCAUAUCGCAGCAGCACUUUUCUGGUUCUUUGCCGAUUCCAAGAGAGGAAUCUCAGGAGAAAACUGGACAUCAGAAACAACCCAAGCCUUCCUCUUUUGAACAUCCUUCCCACGUUUCACAGCUUCAGCAGCAUCCGCUGUCACCAGCAUUUAUGUCUCCUGGAAAACCAGAGCAUGCCCUUGAAGGGCCCACAUGGCAGCUAGUAGAUCCAGCAAGACCUGGUCCCUCCAGCUCUUUUUCGUCAACUGGACUUCAUUCUCAUCCUGGUCAGCUCAUACCUUCCCAUUCACCAAUCAUUCCUGGAGAGGACAUGCCGUCCAUUCAGAAAGUCUUUAUUCCUCGUCCUCCCCAAGUUUCCUUAAAACAAACUGAGGAAGUGCACAAGAAGGAAAAGAAACCUCAGAAGCCAGGCAAAUACAUUUGCCAGUACUGCAGCAGACCUUGUGCAAAACCAAGUGUGCUCCAAAAACAUAUCAGGUCGCACACGGGUGAGCGCCCAUACCCUUGCAUUCCAUGUGGCUUUUCUUUUAAGACUAAGAGUAAUUUGUAUAAACAUAGGAAGUCUCAUGCGCAUAGAAUAAAAGCUGGGCUGGCUUCAGGAAUGGGAGGAGAGAUGUAUCCUUCCAGCUUGGAAAUGGAAAGGAUUGGUGGGGAGGAAUUUGAAGAGCCUACUGAAGGAGAAAGUACAGAUUCAGAAGAUGAGACAGGUACAAUGUCAGGUCAUUCAGUAGAGCUAUCUCCCAGGCAAAAGCACACUCUGUUAUCUAGUAGUUUGUACAGUGCAGGAAGUCAGGGUUCGAGCCAUGACCGGUGUUCAUUAUCCCAUUCCAGUAUGUCUCAGUCUCUUGAAGACAGCACCCAGUUUGUGGAGCCAUCAUCAGACCAUGCUUUGAGCCAUAAAUCUGAAGAUACACAUACAAUAAAACAGAAGCUUGCACUCCGAUUAAGUGAAAGGAAGAAGGUGAUAGAUGAGCAGGCUUUUCUUAGCCCUGGGAGCAAAGGGAGUACAGAGUCCGGCUACUUCUCACGAUCAGAAAGUGCAGAACAGCAAAUCAGCCCACCAAAUACAAAUGCAAAAUCUUAUGCAGAAAUUAUUUUUGGGAAAUGUGGGAGAAUUGGACAAAGGACUGCAAUGUUAUCUGCAACUACGACCCCGGGGUUUCCACACCUGUCUACUGAAGAUAAACCUAGCAUGGUACCGUUGUCUGUGCCUAGAACACAGGUUAUUGAACACAUCACUAAGCUAAUCACAAUUAAUGAAGCUGUUGUAGAUACCAGUGAAAUAGAUAGUGUUAAGCCUAGAAGAAGUUCAUUAUCUAGACGUAGCAGCAUUGAAUCUCCAAAGUCUAGUGUAUAUAGAGAACCAUUUCAAUUUGAUAUCAAGUCUAGUUCCAGUAGCCAGUUGGAUGCAUCAAAAUCAUUAGCAUCCCAUGGUGAAAAAAUUAAGCCUGAACAAUCAUUGUUAUCACUUCAGCAAUCCCACAGUGCCACAGAGACAGUGCCUCUUCUAAGAAGCCACUCAAUGCCUUCUGCUGCAUGCACUAUAAGCUCCCCUCAUACUUUUAGAGGUAGUUACUCAUUUGAUGACCACAUCAUGGAGCCUGAUGUCGUAAGUCGCAGCCAAGUGUUUUCUUCACACCCUCGAAUGCUAAAACGACAGCCGGCUAUUGAGCUACCUCUGGGAGUGGAAUAUGGUUCAGAGGAAGUUAGCUCAAUAAGCAAAGAAACUGUUUCUAAACCUGCUGAGGAACAGGAAUCCAAGGAAAGCGAUGUUACCAAAAAGUCAAGGAAGGGACAGAAAGUGAAAGGGUUCAUGUAUGAAUGCAAUAUAUGUGGUGCUCGGUACAAGAAAAGGGAUAAUUAUGAAGCCCAUAAAAAAUAUUACUGUUCAGAACUUCAGAUCUCCAAGUCUCGUUCUUCUAGCUCUCAUACCUCUUCAGAAACUGAGAAAAAUGUUGUGGAUCCUGAUUCCUGGCCACAAAUGAUGCAUUACAAGCUAGGGACCAGCUUGGAACUCACUCCACUCAGAAAAAGACGGAAAGAGAAGAGUCUUGGUGAUGAUGAGGACCCCCCAGCUUUUGAGGUUUCUGAAACUCCCUCCUCCAGCAGUGGAUCAUUAAGUCAGUUUGCAAGUCGAGCAUCAUCUGAUGUUGCUUUGAACUUAACCCGUGAAUCUAUCAAGUCACCAGCAGAUCCAGGUAAAUCCAUACCACCUUCUGAGGUCAGCACAGGCUUUCACUCCAGGACUACAAAAACAGCUUCUAGUACAGAAGGCAAAGAGAGAAGAACAACCUCAAAAGAGAUAUCUGUCAUCCAGCAUACAAGUUCCUUUGAGAAGUCAGACUCUAUAGAACAGCUGAGUGGCUUAGAAGAAGAAAAGCCUUUAUCGCAGUACUCAUCUCAGUCAGCACCACAACACAGCCGACCAUCUCAUUCCCUGCAGCCAAAGCUGGUACGCCAACCCAACAUCCAGGUCCCUGAAAUUCUGGUCACUGAAGAGCCUGAUAGACCAGAAAAUGAGCCUGAGCCUCCUCCUAAAGAGGUGGAAAAAACGGAAGAAUUUCAGUGGCCCCAGAGAAGCCAAACACUGUCCCAACUUCCUGCAGAAAAACUUCCACCGAAAAAGAAAAGGCUUCGGCUGGCAGAAAUGGCUCAGUCUUCUGGAGAGUCCAGUUUUGAGUCAGUAUCUCUCACAAGAAGCCCAAGUCAGGAAAGCAGUAUAUCCCAUGGCUCCACCCAUUCCAUUUCAUUUGAUCGUGAAGAAUACAGUAAGUCAGAGAUGACCAGCCAGUCCUCUGAAUCCCAUAUGAAACCUCUAGGCAUAGGCUCUCACAUGUUGACGGUACCAACCCACCAUCAUCAUUCCAGGGAAAUGCGAAGAUCUGCUUCCGAGCAGACCCCUAACGUGUCCCACACUUCACAGAUGUCAGAGACACGCAGUAAAUCAUUUGACUAUGGGAGCUUGUCAUCCACUUCUGCGUCAGCACCUGGUCCUUCAGUCUCUUCAACUCCACAGGAGAGAAGGAAGUGUUUUCUGGUUAGGCAAGCAUCUCUCACCAGGCAUCCAGAGCAUGAACCAGACCCAGCCCCAAAAGGACGGCAAGAGACAGAAGAACCGUUGCCUUCUUCCAGUAAAUCUCCUGCCACAAGUCUGCCCCAUCAACCUACAUCUUCAUCCUCUUUAUCCUCACACGGUGGCUAUUCAACUGAUAAGAGUCAGCCAAAAGACAGCCCUCCGCCAGCAUACAGCCAGCCGUACACUGAAACUCUGCAGGUGCUCCAUCAUCCAGUACCACAGCUAGCACUGCAUGAAAAACAGUACAUGUCCCCUCAAGUCUCUCUCUUCCCCUACCAGCAUAUUCUGCCACAGCCAGCGCAGUCUGCAGAGCUCUUUGCCACUCAAACCAUGUCUGACAUCCUCUCUGCUCAAUUUACGAUGCCUCAGAUUCCUCCCUCUAUAUUUCAGACACCACCGCUUCCUCUCCAGCAAGCUCUUCUCCACCCAGGCCAGCUGCACAUUGCCCCUCCAUUGAUGGCACACCCAGCCGAGGUGCCAUUCAGGCAACACCCUUCAUUCCUCCCUGUGAAUUACCCCAGCUCCUCACCAAUCCCUUCUGCAUUCUUUCUGCCUCUCCAGUCUCAGUUUGCCCUCCAGUUGCCAGGGGAAGCCAGCAGCCAUUUGCCACAGCUCAAAUCCAGUUUAUUUCCACCAGCAGGGACCUCCAGCCUUUCCCCAUGCACACAGUUCAGCCCUGACACUGGAUUACAUCCUUUGACCUGCACGACAAGCCCUUCAGUGUCAGCCUCCACGUCUCAGCUUGUGGUCCCCACACGUGUCGAUCCUAUGGUAUCGCUCGUAGUCCCUGUUCGCAUUCAGACUAACAUGCCAUCAUAUGGGAGCGCGAUGUACACAACUCUCUCUCAGAUCCUUGUCACCCAGUCGCAGUGUAGUUCAUCUUCUAUUGUCCUUCCAAAAUUUGAUGAUCGCCAGCCCAAGAGCACUCUGGUCUGCAGUGCUGAUGUCCAUGGAAUAGGUUUUGAUUUGGCACAGAUGAUCACAGAGGAUCAGAGGAGCAUCUUCCAGAGUCCAUACUUGAGAGUGCCAUUACCAUUGCCAGAAAGGAAAGGCUAUAUGCCACUCACAUCCCCAUCAGAAAGUGUCCUGGGAUUAGAAGGGGGCCCAUCAACAGUCAGUGGAAGCAAGCGGAUGUUGUCUCCAGCUGGUAGCUUGGAGCUUACAAUGGAAACACAGCAGCAGAAAAGAGUGAAAGAGGAAGAAGUGUCUGAAGUGGAAGAAAAGCUAGAAGUGGUGAAACCACCUGGUACAAUAGAGGAAGGAAAAAAGCAGGACACAUCUCACUUUCUGGCAGAGAGCCAAGGCAGAGUCGAGGUAGAAACUCCACCUAAUUUAUCCUUGGAGCAGUCAGAGCCAAAGGAAAUACCAAGUAAUUUGCAGCCAGCCUUGCCCCAUUCAGGUGCUUCAAGUUUUGAGGCACUGGAGGAGUACAAGCAGCCAGGUGGCAAGCAGCUCCGCAGCAAGGCCCCUUUGCAGACAGUAAAGAAGGAAGAUUCCAAAGAGCUGGCGGAGCAUCUCCCACCAAACCCUCCGAGUCCUGCACCUCAAUCAGAUGCAACUCAAAGUGCAAUGAAGUCUCAAGAAGGUACAGACAUGAAGAAGGUACUGCAGUUCCCCAGUCUCCACACAACCACUAAUGUCAGUUGGUGCUAUUUAAACUACAUAAAGCCAAAUCAUAUCCAGCAAGUUGACCGAAGGUCCUCAGUGUAUGCCAGCUGGUGUAUUAGCUUGUAUAAUCCCAAUCUACCAGGUAUAUCCACUAAAGCAGCCCUCUCGCUCCUGAGGUCCAAGCAGAAGGUGAGCAAAGAAACCUACACCAUGGCUACAGCUCCACGUCCAGAGUCAGGCAGGCUCGUACCGUCCAGCUCCAGGAAGCCAAAAAUGACUGAGGUUCAUUUGCCUUCACUCCUUUCCAGUGAAGGUCGAAAAGAUGUAACUAGAGCUGAGAAAGAAGAGGAUAAAAGAGGAAAAUCAGAGGAAGAUGCUCCCAUAACCAAAAGAGGGGAGCCUGCCAGGAUCAAGAUCUUUGAAGGAGGGUACAAAUCAAACGAAGAGUAUGUGUAUGUGCGAGGCCGUGGAAGAGGGAAGUAUGUUUGUGAGGAAUGUGGAAUUCGCUGCAAGAAACCCAGCAUGCUGAAGAAACACAUUCGCACGCACACAGACGUCAGGCCAUAUGUCUGCAAGUACUGUAACUUUGCUUUUAAAACCAAAGGGAAUCUGACUAAACAUAUGAAGUCAAAAGCCCACAGCAAAAAAUGUCAGGAGAUGGGUGUGUUGGUAUCUUCACUGGUGGACCUGGAAGCUGAAGAAGGAACCAGUGAAGACCUAUUCCAUGAUUCUGAAGGGAGGGAAGGAUCUGAGCCAAUUGAGGAGCACCAGUUUUCAGAUUUGGAGGAAUCUGAUGAUGAUGAUGACAAUGAAGAUGAUGAAGAUGAGGAGGGAGAGGAGAGCCAAGAUGAGCCACCUUUAAAGUUGUCAGAAGUAAAACAUACCACCCUUCCAAUGCACUCUUCAGGGGGCUCUCCAUUUUCCCACGAGGAAAAUACUGGGACAGCAUUGUCUUUAACACAAGAUACUGUCUCCAGCAGCCAGCAAGUAGGUGGGGUCCACCAACCCUCUUCCUCAGGGCUGGAAACAAAAUGGUCAGCAGACAGCAGUGGAAUUGUUGUCUGCCACAGCUUCUUGAGUCUCCAUAAGCCAGCUUUGACCUCCAGUGAACAGCUGGCUUCUGCUGAAAGGGAAUCUGUCACAAGACAGCAGAUGUCCUUAGCUAUGGACCUGUCAACCUCAAAAGACACCUCCCCAAGAAAGAGGUGGUCUCCAGGCCAGGAAUCUGGUGGUGGUGGCGGCAGCAGCAGGCCAAUGCUAGCCAGAAAGCACUUGUUAACCAAAAAUGAAACUUCACCUAAACGUUUUUCACCCACUGGAGAAAUGUCUUCACUAAGGUGCUUGUCUCCAGGGAGAGGGAUGUCACCUUGUCAGCGCAUGUCCCCAAGGAGGGAGGCAUCUCCACUGAGAUGUGUGUCACCAAGACUUGAGCUGUCUCCAAGCAGGCAUCUUUCCCCAAGAAGAGACUUAUCCCCAAGAACAUACCUCCCGCCAGAGAGAGAAGUCUCUCCUGUGAGGCAUUUGUCUCCAAGCAGAGACAUGUCAUCAGUCAGAUAUUUAUCACUGAAGAAAAUGUUGUCUCCAGGCUGUUCAGAUUCCCCGUCUAGGUAUCCAUCCCCAGGGAAAGAAGACUUGCCUGGUAGUAGCAAAUCUGCAGCAGAUGACAAGGUUCAAAGCUCAUUAAAAGUCCAGCAUGGAAUGUUAUCUUUGAUGCCUCUACCUCACAGGUUCUUUGGCAAAAACAUAGAGCUCUAUGAGUCCAAAUUGAAGAUAGAACCAAGAAGCCCAACAUGUUCACCUGGCAUCACCCAGCCUGUCUGCUCCAGACCUUUGCAAGCGCCCCAUGAUAUACAUGUCCACACUCCGAGCCGAGUGGAAGAGAAUGUCUUCAGCCAUCUCCCGUUGCAUUCACAGCAGCUAACAAGGACCCCAUAUCCUAUGAUUCCAAUUGGGGGCAUCCAGAUGGUCCAGGCAAGGCCAAGUACCCAUUCCAGUUUGGUGCCCAAUUCAGUUGUGUCACUGCAAGCAGGAUAUUUUGCACCUGGUGGCAAUGGAAGCAGCAGCUUCACAGAAUUCAGCCAGGCUCAAGAACGGGGAAAGGAACCACAGAUCCCACAAGAAUCCUCACCAACAUCGGUAUCCCCAGCUGCAAAGAUUUCAAAAUACACACUGUCCCCAGAGGUUAAAAGCAGUGGCUACUCAGAAGAGAAAUUGAGGACUAGUGAGCUUCAGCAAAAGACAGAACAGGAGGAAUACAGGGUAAAAAUGUAUGCUGAGCCCAGCCACCCAGAGCAGGAAGGCUGCUCAGCUCCCACAGACAGUCUCAGCACAAAUUAUGAGCACUCUCCAAAGCCUUCAGCAAGUAGGGAAGAACCCUUGAAAAAAACGGGCAAGAAGCAAUGUGGCAGCUCAAGCACUUACUUUGAAUCAUCCUGCACUUUCAUCUCAGAUUUCCCCACACAGACGUUGGACAGAAGUAGCAGCACUGGCUGUUUGUCAGAGCCCUCGUUGAGCCAUUCACACUCCCACCAGUUCUCUGUCAGGAGAAGGAACCUCUCGGGAGAGCCAAGUCAUCAAGGGGGAACCCGUAGGAAAAACAGUCCACACUUAGAGCGCGCAGAUUUAGGUCAAAGACAGGUGGAUGAGAAUACAGGAAGUACUUAAGCCUCCAUCCAUCUGUUCCACCUGUAGGCUUCCUAUGUAAAAUCAACAGACAUUUUCAACACUAUUUCCUUUAGUAUAAUCAUUGCUUAUAAGAAGCACUCUAGUGUAUGACCAAACCCAUGGAAAAUUCCUGGUUUUGUUUGUCCCAGUCUGGUAUUAUCUCCACAUGUAUGCAGUUACUUGUGCCUUUUUCUAUACCUUUUGUUGCUUGAAAUGUACAAAAAUGUUUGAGGCUGUGAAUAUUUUUUUAGAGUUUUUUCGAAAGGGGUUUGUUAGACCUUGUCUUUUUUGCCAUUUAGGUGUGUGUGUGUUAAUAUGGGCCUGAGAGAUGCAGAAAGGAAAGUGUUAAGCAGUUUAAGGGGGAAGAAGAUGCACUGAAAACAAAAAUAAAAAAUCUUUUUUAUAUUGAUUAAAUGAUUAAAAAAAACCAAACCCUUGCUCCUGUGUACAGUAGUUGAUGAUUCAUAUUUAUUACAUGCUUUAUUUAAUUUUUGGCAAAGUGCUUGUUUUUUUUCUUGCAUCUGGUUGCCUAUCGUUGUGCUUUAAACAGUUGCAACUGCUUUACAUUUGAAAAUGUGUUUACCCUCAAUUGUAAAUAGAACUAGCACUUAUUUUAUGAUGGGAGGCCUGUUAGCAGUGAAAGCAAAUGUCACUCCAAAAAAACAAAAAAAUCUCUCAAACACACCUCCCUUCCACAGAGCCCAGAAAAAGCACUUUUUUAAAAAGGGACAAAAAAAAAAAAGUUUUUCUUCAAAGUUUUAACUGCAAGAAAAUAGGAAUGUAUCGAAUGUAGAACCAGUGCUAGGAAUGGUGUUUAAUUGUUUUAAAAGAGCCAUUCUUGUGCUUGCUUUAAUAUUGACAUUCCAUAAUGGGCUGCUCUUAAAGCGCACAGUAUAAUAGUGCUGCCUUUUGCACCACUAUAGCGAAAAUCAUGCCUGUGUCACCACAAACCCCUAUUUUCUGGGGUUUAAAAUCCCUCUAUGAACAUCCUCUCCUGUUGUAAAAGUGAAAGUAAAAUGUCAGCCUUGCAAACCAUUUCCUUCCAGAGUUUAUUUUUUCUUCUGAGCCGUAUCUUCCCCGCCUAAAUGACUCCAGUCUGCCCUCCCUCCCAUUUUUGUAAGUUAAAAGGAUGCAGAUAUUAGCUCCUGCUUGUUUUAUUUGCACACCUAUGGCUUUGUAACUCACAAGUGGCUCUGUGUCUUGUUUAACUUUAUUUAUUUAUUUAAACAAAACAGUUUCAAACUCAUAGCCUAUAUUGUGUAGAGGGGCCUUUUUGGUAUUGCAUAUAAAAAAAAGUGAAAAUGGCUGAGUGGUUAAUGUCUUGAAAAUCAGCUUGUUUUGCAUGCACAGUAACGUUUUCCAUAGCAGAUUUUUAAAUAUGACCAUCGCUAGCAGAGUGAUGGCUGCUACUGCCAAUAGAUAUGAUACCAAAUGCGGAGAGAUGUGAUAGAGCCAUUCCACUCUGUCGUGUUAAACACUUUUUAAACAGAACUGUUUGGUCCAUGUUUGCCCUAAUAGACAGCAGGCUCUUUACUAUUUCAGAGUGUUUUCUGGUCUAUGGAAUCUGUACAAACAUUUUUUAAACAAAACAACAACAAAAAAACCUUAUAUAUAUAUAUAUAUAUAUAUAUAUAUAUAUAUAUAUAUAUAUAUAUAUAUGGACCAGUUCUUUCUUCUUUCAGAGCUGUUCCAGUGAAUUGGGUACAUAAUACACUUUUUAAAAAAAAAUAAAAUUACAAAAAAUAUAUAUAAUCUUGAAUGAGAACAUAUUUCCUUGCCAGACUUGAUGAGCUAUGAACUGUUCCCGUCUCACGGGCAAAUAAUAUGGAUUUUUUAAUAAUCUUCUGCAAUUUUUUCCUUCCCUUUUAAAGGGAAUUAAGUACAAGAGAAGACAUCACAGAAAUAACAUUAAGGUUGUGACACUGACCAAAAUAAUGCCCACAAUCCAAAAUGUACUUGAAUCUUCCAUUCCUGAUUAGUGCUAUUAUUUAAUUUUCUUUUUCACUCUCCAGUUUUUGCACAGCUGUGACCCUGAUCCUGCAAUCAUGCCCUGCUUUCAGACUCAUGUCAAGCCUAGGACCUAUGGACCCAGUUCAGAAAAGCAUCUCAAUUUGACAAAAUCAUUGUCUUAUAAGGAGAGUUAGACAUGUUUUCAUGUGCUGUGAAGAAUACGGAUGGCCAGGGUCUUAAGAAGCCAUCCUGUCCCUCCAUGUUGAGCGACACCUUUGAAUUUCCUGGCCGUUGCUGGGUCUUUCUCCUCUUUCCCCUUUGUCACAGUCUUAACAUUAUUUCAGCAAGGUAUCUUUUGUAUUUAAUUGUUUUUUAUAUUGAAAGUGUACAUAAGGAAAAAAUGCAGCAGUUACACACUCAGCAUUGUGGUUGCAUUAAGUGCAUUUGACAUCACCUUUUGGGCUAGAUCAAAUUUACACUGUUUUAUUUUUAAACCAUAAUUUAACCCUUAACCUGUCCGCACAUCAGGAUGGAAACAAUGCAGAUCCUGUUGGCUCGUUGCUUAUAGUGAUUUUAUUCCUUUAGGUUUUCAUAAGCUCAGAGCGAGUUGAAUGUUCUGCCUUUUUGUUGUAACGUAUGUAUAAGCCACCAGCCAGUGCUGCAGAGUAUGGACAGUGUGUGUGCGUGUGUGUACAUGCACAGCCAAAAGGGGUGGCAUUAUGGUUGUGCCCAUACCCUGCCCUGCUAUUAUGUCCUAUGCACAUAGUAUUCCAGCCAUGCCAAGGACUCAUCUGCACAGUGUCUGAUGAGUGUGUGUGUGUGUGUGUGUGUGUGUGUGUACAACAAAUCAGAAGCAGAGGCAGAAACUGAGAGCACUUAAGAGUGGCCUGAAUUCCCAUUGUGAUUAAUUUACAGAGCAGCCUCUCAACAGGUAUAACUGGGGUGGAGCUCUGCUUCAUGCUCCCUCUACCAGAUGCAGCAGGUGCCUUUGGCCUGCAAAAAUACCCAAACAGGACCAGAAAAAGAACCCUAGCAAUAUUUAAGAACAAAAUGAUUGUUAGUUAAUUAGCUUCUGGACCAGUAAGGACAGAGGGAUCCCCAGAGAGGCAUCAUGACUUCUGGGUUUCAGCACUAGUUUGGCCAGCUGGAAUCCCCGAGGUCUAAUGCUAGCUCUGCUCUUAACCACAAUGUGCCCUUGAGCAAAUCACUUAUCUUUUCUGGGUCAUAUUCUGCCCAUGUGACCAUCAGCUCCAGUGAUUUAAAUGGAGGUGCUCCUUUCUACAUCAGAGAUUAAGGUCCUGUCCUGUAAACAUUGGGUACUGCACUUCCAACUUAAGCGAUCACUGCUUUACUCAGUAGGAAGUCUUUGCAAGCUCAUGUUCUGAAUAUUGCCCACUAGGUCUGCCCUACUAUUUGUAAUGUAAGAUGAUGGCUCUUGAUUUACCUUCCAUACACUUUGAGGAAUUAAUUAGUUAAUAUCUGUACAAGCACUUUGCAAAUGCAAUUCAGUCUAUUAUGUUCGAUGGAAUGUAUUAAUAAUGCAAAUCAGUGCAUUAAAAACACAAAAUUCAACUUUUCCUUUUCAUUACCAGGUCAAAAAAUAAAAUAACAAAUUUACUUUUAAAAAAAAAAAAGUCUCAGAGCUUCCUGCAUCAUUUAUGAUAUUGGAGAAUGGCCUACUGACAACCAGUGGGCUUUCCUUUUUAUCUCAUUAAUAAAUCAGACUGAAUAUUCCCCCGAGUUUCUUGCUUCGUGUGAGCCAUUGCUGUACCUGCCCAUGAAUGCUACUCACUGUGGUAUGGAGGUGCCCAUGAGACAAUCUCUCAAGGAAGGUGUGGUCCACAUUAUAAAGUAAUUUGACUUUCCUUGCCUUCUAAGGGAUAACCAUGCAAAGUGGCAAGCAUUAUGCCUUCAUCUAGUACAGCACUUAAGCAUCAGCUUAACUUAUGUAUGUGAGCAGUCACUCUAACUUAAAUGGGCUUAGAGCUAAGCACAUGCCAGCUUCGCUAGAGCAGUGUUCAUCACAUUUCAGCAUGGAAGCAAAGGGCCCUCUGGCUCCCAAAUAUAUCAUACUGCCCUGCAGUAGAUAGCUAUCAGCUCUAAUUAUGUACAGGAUGUUGACCAGAUACUCAAGAAGUACAUUGGGAAAUUCAAACAGUGAUGAAGUAGCUGUGUCUUUUCUGCUAUGCUUUUAAAUCCAUAGAUAAGCAUUUAGAUGCAAACAGUCUGUUAUUUAAAGGUACUGAGAUCUCCCAUUUCCUGUUAAAGUCAGCAGGAGAUGAAGGUGCUCAAUGCCACUAAAAAUCAUACCAGUUUUGCUGACUAAAUACAACUUUAUAGGGAGGUCAUUAAAUACUCAAAUAGCUUUUAGACACCAAACUCCCAUAGAAAAUAAACAGGAAUGAAGUGGCUAACUGACAUUUGGACCUUUGAAAAUCAGCCUCAAAGGACUCUUAACUCUAGGCAGUGGGAUUUGAUCAUAUGGCCACAUUAUAGUUAAUUUUAUUUUACUUGAAAAUCUUCAAAAAGUAGAUGCAAUUAGAUCCCUUUGUCACAAUAUUUUGUUAUAAAUCCUCAAAAAUAGCAUCUGAACAAGCAAUGUACUUGGUCACAUGGUAUUACUGAAUUCUAUUUCUACAAAAAAUUUGUACAAUUUGAUCUAGCCCUUUUACUGUCUUCUUGCGAUAUUUUUUUUUCAUUUUAUGACAUAGUUUCAUUGUGUGUUUUCCCUCUUUUUAAAAUCUCCAUCUAUUGCACAGUAUUUACACAUACAAAUAUUGUAAAUUAUUUACACAAAAAAAUUCAGUCCUGAUGGCAUAAAACCAAUCUUUCAUUACUGAAAUAUGAUGGCACUUAAGAUCACUUUAGUAAAUGUAAUGUAAAAAUAAUAAUAAUAAUAAUGUGUACACAAAUUUAAUAUACAUGGUCUCAUGUAAGAUAAAUAUUUGCCUUUUUUUCUAAAAGGUGUAUGUAUUCUGUAAGUGGAAUAGUCUGUAGAAAGUUUCUAUAUGUUCUUAAAAUGGCAAUACAUUCCAAAAAAAAGGUACUGUAAAUAUGUACAGAAUACACUGUAAUUUGUUAGUUUUGCCUGUAAUUUUAUUUUAACUCCAGUUUCUACACUUGCAUCUUGCAAUGUCUGUAUGGUUAUAUCAGUGCAAAAAAUGCAGGUAAAAAGCACAGAGUCUGAUGUAAAAAAACAAGAAGAAAAAAAAAAAAGAAAAAAUACUCAGUAUUUGAUGUUUGUGACCCUUAUUGUAAAUGACAUCUGUACUGUGAAUGAGAAGUUUUUACAAGUAUAAUAUUGCCUUUACUACAACUCAGACUGUCUGCUCAGUCUGAGCAUAUUUUUAAAAAAAUAGCAUGUUGGAAUAAAUUUUAAAGUCCCAACAUA